CCUCAUACCAAAAUUGAAAGGAUGACGAUGUUUUUAGUUCUUGUACUGAUUUUUAUGACUGUAUCACAAAUCAGGACGGCUUCCUUGUUAACCAGUACUAACGAUCAGAACUCCACUGCUCUGAUAAACGAAAGAAAUGACGGAAAGGAGAUUGAUAUCCUCCGUCAGCUCGUCAAUCAAGAGACACUAAUACGAGUAUCCGUUGUCAACGACGUCAGGACAGCUCUAGAUGACGUCAAUUCUGUGAAGAAAAACAUAGAAAUAUUACAAAGAAAGGUUGAUUCUCUGACUGAGGAGCAGAAAAGAUUAAACAGUAAUUGCCAGGAAAAGAUUCAGGAACUUGAAAAGAGGUUUACUAGAAAAAUCGCCGAAAUUUACGAAGAUGUCCAACUCAAUAAGGAUUGCCGGGACCACUAUAUAGAGGGACAAACACAGUCCGGUGUCUAUGAAAUUCAUCCGUUUGAAAACCAGACUCAAGUCAGCGUGUAUUGUGACAAGGAAACCGAGGGCGGUGGGUGGACAGCAAUUCAGAGACGUGUGAGCGGAUCUGUAAGAUUCAACAGAACGUGGGCGGAGUACAAGACUGGGUUCGGGAGUCCUAACGACUCUUACUGGAUUGGAAACGACGUUAUUCAGCAGUUGACAAAGGGAAGGAACUCAUCUCUCUACGUUUCCAUUACAUUAAGAAAUGGCACAACUCUGUAUGAACACUAUCAACAGUUUGCUAUUAGUGAUGAAUCGGACAAAUACAAACUUUAUCUUGGUGGGCCAGCUACCGGGACAUUAGGAGACGCUAUGUUAAACACUGGGACGUCUGCGAGAGAUCUGUCUGGGAUGUUCUUCUCCACUCCUGACAGAGAUAAUGACGGAGCAAUGGGUCCGAACUGUGCCAGAGCUAAUGGAGGAGGCUGGUGGUUUAACUACUGCCACCUCGCUUACCUUAACGGUCCCUGGGCCCCGGAAAUGUGGGCCUCUCCAUGGGAUCCUAUAGUAGAGGACGGAUCCUCAGUAAAGGAGACCAGGAUGUUAAUUAAACGUCACUAGUUUUGUCUACAGAUGCAGAUUAAACAGGUGGAACGAAAUUGAUAUAAUAAUGCGAAAGAAUUACGUCCUCAAUAAUACAGUACAACAAUGGAUAUGUGUGAUUAAAAAAACUUACUUCUAUGAAAUAUAGAUUUUAUAUUUAUAAUCAUUUUACAUAGUACACUAAGAUGAUUUUGCUCAUAGAGUGUUAUUAACUUUUCUUACAAAAAGUAUAUUACGGUAUUAGUAGUUUCGUCAUUUUGUCAAUAAAUGAUUUUUUUCAUUAAAAAUUUCAAUUAUCUUUUUCAUGUAUAUCUUACGAAGAUAAUAGUUCUGCUUGGAUCGGUUGACAAACACAUAUUUGUGUUUUUCUUCCAUUCUAGUUUACAUUUCUGAUAUAAUUUGGCAUUUUGUGAAUUGUUAUCUUCUUGACGGUCCAGGUUAUUGUAAGCACUAAAAUUUAGAAGCAUGUAUUUUAAAUAAAAUAAAAAAAAAUAUUUACAAAUGCGGCGAUAGACAGAAAAAAAUAGUAAGAACUAGAGCCGAUUUCGUUGCAAAGCAACAAGUAGGUCUUCCGUUGGAGCUGUGGACAGGAAGUACAGACACUAGGUCAAGGUCACUGCACUUUCUAAUGUCAACAACCUUUCUUCCCAGCAUGAGCCUCCAAUGAAUUUUAAUUAUAAAGUUAUAUUUAAACAUUUUUUUCUUUGUCAGAAAAUCAUUUGAUCAGGUUCACGACAAAAGCCCAAAUCAUAAGUAAUCUAUGUUUCAACUUAGAGCCUCCAAUGAUUUUCAUUUACUAAUUAAU